AUGCUAGGACCAGAAAUCCCAGAGAUUGUCGAGAGGUCAAAACACGAUGUCGGUUGGCGAAAAGUUGUCCGGAAUUUUACUCCAGCCUGGUUCUCUGUCAAUAUGGGAACAGGAAUCGUGUCCAUUCUGCUCAACACCCUUCCUUACAAUGCAAAAUGGCUUUACUACCUCUCCGUCAUCAUCUUCGUGUUGAACGUGGUGUAUUUCACAGUCUUUCUGGCCAUUACUAUCCUGCGCUACAUCUUGUAUCCGGAAAUCUUCAGAGUUAUGGUCACUCAUCCAGUCCAGUCACUAUUCCUGGGUACUUUCCCGAUGGGGCUUGCCACAAUAAUCAAUAUGUUCUGCUUUGUCUGUGUGUCGCCUUGGGGGGACGGUGCAGCCUAUUUUAUUUGGGCAGUGUGGAUUUUCGAUGCAGUGAUAUCGGUUCUGGUUGCCAUUGGAAUACCAUUUCUACUAUCAACGAGGGAGAAUGGCCUCGAUCUUUCCUCCAUGACUGCGGCUUGGCUUCUGCCAAUUGUCUCUUGUGUUGUCGCGGCGGCAUCAGGGGCCAUUGUUGCAGAUAUUCUGCCGAACGCACAACUUGCCCUUGCUACCAUCCUGGCAAGCUAUAUUCUGUGGGGAAUCGGUGUGCCUCUCGCGAUGAUGGUUAUCUGUAUAUAUUUGCAACGCCUGGUGCUCUACAAGCUUCCACCAAAGGGAGUGCUCGUAAGCGUGUUUCUUCCCCUGGGUCCACUUGGACAGGGCGGUUUUGGUAUCCAAAAACUCGGAAAAAGUGCCCGGACAAUUUUCCCCAAGACGCACACCCUGAGUGAAUCAACUGGUGAAAUAUUCUACAGUGUCGGAUUUUUGAUCGGAAUGUUACUGUGGGCCUUUGGUAUCGUUUGGCUCUGCUUCGCAGUUGCGACGAUGAUAAAGACGAGAAAAUUUCCUUUUAACUUGGGAUGGUGGGCUUUGACCUUCCCAUUAGGGGUUUUUACCACUUGCACCUGCACCAUAGGCCAGGAGCUGCCUUCGCGCUUUUUUUCAGUGCUUGGGACAAUAUUGUCAGUCACGGUUGUGCUUCUUUGGCUGCUGGUUAGUUACCACACUUUCUGCGGCAUCAUGCGGAAUGAUUUAUUUAUUGCGCCUUGUCUCAAGGAUUUGGAAAGACCUAAGGUCCGAUCUUGCGAAAAGGCAUGA